AUGACCCUACCUGUUGGAUCGCAAAGCCCAAUUCAUUGUGUGCUUUUGUUUCCUCGACAUGAGAAACAUAUUCCUACCGAGAUGGAAGAGUUGGAGCGCCCUUGUAUCAAACCAAAUGAUCUAACUCCAAUGGAAGUAAAGCGUCGAACCGGAUUCAGAGAUUUGCCGAACCUCCUCUCUUAUGCGAGUCUUGUGUGCCAUGGUGAUUUGGAUCAGCUUUUCACAACAUGUUCCAAACUCACUUGGCUUGAAGAGUGGUUGCUUUACUUUGAGUUCAAGUAUGGUCGAACUGCCUGUAGAUGGAAAGACUAUGAGAAGAGGUGCAAGCCCUUGCAAAAGCCCCUUCAAAAAGUCCUGCUGGAAAAGUUGUCACUUGAGCUUGGAACUCGAGACCAGUGGCGCAUGUCUGCUGCUUUUGAGGAAGAUGCAAGGUUUCGUGAUAGAAAGUGGGAUAACUACUUCGAUCCAAUCACUGGCGAGAGAGUUGUGAUGCAUGAUGCGGCCGGUAUUCCUUUGCCAUGCCCAUCGAAGACAGAACUCCAACGAGCCCUUUUCAGUGACUACUAUGGUACGACGUCCAAGGCAGGCGUCAGCAAUCAACUUUGCGGGUGGAUAGGAGGAAUGCCUCUCAUGACUGGAAGAAUCACAGAUUCGCAAAUGAUUAAAGACUUAGAGGUACUGGUAGAGCAACGGGAGUUUUCAGAGGCCAUACUUCUCCAAAUGAACGAUUCGACAAUAUAUUCGACAAAGGAUUCAGAAACACGCUUGAGGCAUGGAGGGCCAACGAUGUAUGCAACCAACAUACUCAAAAGGGGAAAUGAUACUUUACACUCUGCUUGUAUUGCUGUAAUACGAUCUGGAAAUGAACGUUCGACCGUACGCCAAAUGUAG